AUGCCCUUUCGCCGACUUCCCCGCCUCAAUUCCGCCGCUAUGACCGAUCAUUCGGACAACAUGAGCGACCAUUCCGUCGACAUGAACGAGGGAUAUUUCCGUGAGACCAUGAAUCUGAUAUUCCCAGGCAUCGAUCCAGCCUGGGACCCAGAUCUUGAAGAGCUCAUUGGGUUCCUCUUGCAAAGUGGCGACACUGCUCGGAUCGGGAGUUACCCUGUCGACCUCGAGGAAAUUGCCACUGAAUUACGGUCAGAGGACGAGUCUGAGUGGACGCUCGACGAGCGGGUGGUAAUCUACGUUGUCGAUAACCUGAAGCAUAUCAAGAGACUGCUACAGGCGAGGUUAGAUCGGGUUUCGCUUGAUUACGAUGAUAUCAUCUCGGACUCGAAUUUGACGGACAGCAUCAUCAGCAUUCGAGCUCAAGUGCUCGAAGAGCUGCUCGUUGCUGCGGCAUGCUGUGCUCGACAUGGCGCGAUGGGUGAUCGUAGAGUUGCUCGGGAUGAAUAUGCGCAGCACGCCUCGAGUGCCGCAAGUCUCAAGGAGCGGAUAGAUGAGAAUAUCGAGGCCUUGGAGGAGCGUCUCUUCUACAGGGAGUUUUCUCCUGAAGAGGUCUAUGAGGAUCCAACCGAGCUAGUGAAUGCGGGUUCAGACAUCCAGGUCACCGAUAUCUCAACCAGGGUGUCGUCGGCAGAGGCCAAAGAUCAAUCCUGCCCUGUUUGCCAAGGGGAUUUUGAGGAUGCGUCGGAAGUUCCGGUUCGUCUUCGCUGCGGCCACGUCAUGGGCGCCGAAUGUCUGAAUCUCUGGGUUAACAGCACGCAGGUCAACCAUAACACUUGCACGCUUUGCCGGGCAGAGUUGUGCCAUCCGCGGCCCGGUCAGCGCCGCUAUGAACAGAUGCGACCGCAGCUUGUCCGUUCGUUCUGGCGAGUCCACGCUUACAAGCCGGAAGACACAUAUAUGAUUAUCUGGCGAGAUGCAAUAGACACUUUUCCUUCACCGAUGACCAUAAUCUCUUGCUGCGAGUGUAACGAUGUGAUUGCCUACCGGAUUGAAAGCAGCCUGCGGGAAUGUAAAACGUCCGCAUGGCUCUUUGAAAUCUGUUUGCGAUUAGCCCUUCAGAUGCAGAGAUUCACGAACAGUGAUAUGAAGUGCAUGGGGCAUACUUGUCCGGAGCCUGCAUUGUACAAGUGA